CAUUUAUUACCAAAUGUUUUCUUCUCCCUCCCAGAAAAUGAAAACCCCAAAACUCUCCCCACUUUCUCAGCAAACAAACAAGCCAGCUUCUGAAUCAGAUGCUAUACUUAAACUAGUUUAAGAAUCUCUCCUUUAAGCUAGCUAGCUCAAAACUUGAUGGCCAAUAGCAGCAAAAGAUGGGGCAAUCAAUAUGCAUGUUCUUCUUCAUCUUCAUCAAUGGCCAUCUUGUUGUUUGUAGUUCCAUUGGUUGUGGUUUUUGGGUUGGUUUCUUUGUUGGGUCCAGAGACCUCCAACUCGGUUUUCAUCUCUAAUUCUUACCCUUGGCUAUGGAGCUCACAGAGCUCCAGCCCCUCUUUGAACUUGACCGGCGCUUCAAAUUCUUCUUCAGAGUUUCCUCCCCUAAACGAUGACGUUUUGGGGUUGAGAUCGUCGGUGGUUGUGGUGGAUAUGCACAGCAUAGAAGAAGCUCACUCGGAUGACUCUCUACAAAAUCGAUCUUCUUCUCCUCCACUCUCCAUUGAAGAAGCUAUACCGCCAACACUUGAACAACCCAACGGAACAAGGCGAGACGACUACGUGAAUGAGACGAGUGCUUCUAUCAUGAAAGCUGAAGGUGUUUCUAUCAUGAAAGCUGAAGGACAACGAAAAAAUACAAAUUUAGUGUGGCUGGAGGCCCGCCUUAGAAGAGCUCGAGCUGCCAUAAGAGACGCUAAAUUUGGAAAUCAAACACAAGAUGUGGACUACAUUCCCAAUGGUCCCAUGUAUUGGAAUGCCAAUGCCUUUCAAAGGAGCUACUUGGAGAUGGAGAAACGGUUCAAGGUUUUUGUUUAUGGAGAAGGGGAACCCCCGUUGUUUCAUAAUGGCCCUUGCAAGAGCAUAUAUUCGAUGGAGGGGAAUUUUAUCCAUGAAAUUGAGGUGAAUAAGCAAUUUCGGACUCGUGACCCUGAGAAAGCACAUGUUUAUUUUCUUCCCUUCAGCGUGACAAUGUUGGUCCGCUUUGUGUAUGUGCGUGACUCACAUGAUUUUGGUCCCAUUAGACAAACAGUAAGAGACUAUGUCAAUAUUGUCUCUGGAAAAUAUCCCUAUUGGAAUCGAAGCCUUGGAGCUGAUCACUUUAUGCUUGCUUGCCAUGAUUGGGGGCCAGAAACUUCAAACUCAGAUCCUCAUCUUCGAAAAAACUCCAUUCGUGUUUUAUGCAAUGCGAACACCUCAGAAGGGUUCAACCCCUCUAAGGAUGUAUCCUUUCCAGAAAUCAAUCUUCGAACGGGUGACACACAUGGGUUUCUUGGCGGGCCUUCUCCAAGGCUACGCUCAAUCCUAGCUUUCUUUGCCGGAGGGGUUCAUGGCCCUAUUAGGCCGGUGCUGCUAGAGCAUUGGGAGAACAAGGACGAGGAUUUACGGGUGCAUCAGUACCUUCCAAAGGGUAUUUCUUACUAUGACAUGAUGAGACAGAGCAAGUUCUGCCUCUGCCCAAGUGGAUAUGAAGUUGCAAGCCCAAGGGUAGUGGAGGCAAUUUACACUGGGUGUGUUCCUGUGCUGAUUUCAGACCAUUAUGUGCCACCAUUCAGUGAUGUUUUGAAUUGGAAGUCUUUCUCUGUGGAGGUUAAAGUGAGUGAAAUUCCCAAUUUGAAGAACAUACUUACGAGCAUUUCUACAAGGCAGUACAUAAGAAUGCAGAGGAGAGUGGUACAAGUAAGGAGGCAUUUCGAAGUCAAUUCUCCUCCCAAGCGAUUUGAUGUGUUCCAUAUGAUCCUCCAUUCUAUAUGGCUCAGAAGAUUGAAUGUCAGAGUGCAUGAUGAUCAAUAAGACCUUUUAAGUAAUUGGUUGAGGUUUUGUGAUGUAUGCCUGUCUAUAGGGGAUGAAAUU